AAUAAUAAUAAUAAUACAGUAUUCAAUUCCUUAGUCUCUGUCUCUGAAUCAUCAACAAAAUUCUCUGUAUCUCUCAAAAACUUACGUAAAAAAAAGAAAAAGUCUUCCUAAAAAAAAAAAGAAGGUAAAUAUCACCUUUCUGGAGUUCAGCAGCAACCUCAAUCAAUCACAAAACCAAGCAAAUUAAAUCAACAAGGCUUAGUAGCAAUAUGGGAAAUACAGAAUCAAUGUCUCAAUCUCAACAUGAAUUUUACUACCAACACCCUCCUAAUUAUGAUGGGAGUUCAGUGAGUAACAGUUAUCAUCAACCUUCUUCUUAUACUGGGAGUUUGGAUAGCACUACCUAUGAUCAACCCUCUGCUUAUACCGGAAAUUUGGGGAAUACUAACCAUCAUCAACCGUCUUCACAUGCUACAAGUUCGGUGAAUACUCGCCAUCAUCAUAACAAGCAACCAACAUAUAUAGCUGACAAUUUCAGCUCAUUGGAUCAGGUUGUUUCUGCUUUGAGAGAAGCUGGUUUGGAAUCUUCAAAUUUGAUACUUGGUAUUGAUUUCACCAAAAGCAAUGAGUGGACAGGUAAGUAUUCGUUCCAUCGGAAGAGCCUUCAUCAUAUCGGAAGUGCUCCUAAUCCAUAUGAGCAAGCAAUCUCCAUAAUUGGCCGGACUCUGUCUACUUUUGAUGAAGAUAAUCUGAUACCAUGUUUUGGGUUUGGUGAUGCUUCUACACACGAUCAGAAUGUGUUCAGCUUUUAUCCUGAUAAUAGAGUUUGUCAUGGUUUUGAGGAAGUACUUGCACGCUAUAGACAGAUUGUUCCACAUUUGAAACUGUCAGGGCCAACUUCAUUUGCCCCUGUAAUUGAUGCAGCAAUUGACAUUGUGGAAAGAAACAACGGUCAAUAUCACGUUCUUGUCAUUAUUGCUGAUGGACAGGUUACUAGAAAUCCUGGUACACCGCAUGGAAAGCUUAGUCCACAGGAACAGGCAACCAUUACUUCCAUAAUUGCUGCAAGUCACUAUCCUCUCUCAAUUAUUUUGGUUGGAGUUGGAGAUGGACCAUGGGACGAGAUGAAACACUUUGAUGAUAACAUUACUGGGCGUGUUUUUGACAACUUUCAGUUUGUAAACUUCACAAAGAUCAUGUCUGAGAACACAGAAGCAUCCAAGAAGGAAACAGAAUUUGCACUUGCUGCCCUUAUGGAGAUUCCAUUUCAGUACCGUGCAGCCCAAAAUAUACAACUUGCCAAUGAACCAGUUCAUUAUCAACAUAAAAGACCUCUCCCACCACCUAAGGAAAUAAUAGAUCACGAUAAUGCAUUCAUAGCGACUCCACGCAUUACAAAUUUCGAUUCAAUUGAACCAACAGCUCCAGCCAGUGCAGAACCAGUAUGCCCCAUUUGUCUAACAAAUCCAAAGGACAUGGCUUUUGGAUGCGGUCAUACAACUUGCAAGGAGUGUGGCGCAACAUUAUCUUUAUGCCCUAUGUGCAGGCAGCAAAUUACUACUCGCUUGAGAUUAUAUACUUGAGUCAGAUUUCUUGCAAAUUUAUUCUAUAACAUUGUAUCGCCCCCAUUGAUAUAUAAAUAGUCGUAUAUAUUACACCAUUUCUUUACAAUUCAGCUUAAGAAUGAGAUGUAUAGAAAUGUUGAGUGUAAAUGUGGUCCUUAAACAAAGUGUUCAUUGAGAUGUAUAUCUAAAUUUUCUCUGAAGUUGCUAAAUAUUUUGAAAUUCUACUUACCUCCCUU